AUGAGUCGCAUUCUUCAGAAGGCCCGUCACACUAUGUUGGAAACAGUACAAGCCUUCCGUGUUACAAUGAAACCCUUUGUUCCCUUCAGAGCAAUGCGUUUCUCUAUUUCUCGUGUAUAUGUGAACUCCGGUCUUUUCAGAACUUUUCAACCCAUUGUCCCUUCCAAGUACGACUUAAGUAUGUUUUCAAUUGGGGAGUACCUUGGCCGUGGAAAUUUCGGUGAAGUCUAUUUAGCUCUCUUCAAGCCAAAGCAAUACGUCUGUGCGCUCAAACGUGUCAGAAAGACGCAAAUGGAAGAUGUUGUGUAUGGAAUGAACCUGAAACGGGAGAUAGAAAUCAUGUCACAUAUGAGCCACCCGAACAUAGUGAAGAUGUUGACGUUCUUUGAAGACGAUAAGUACUUUUAUAUAGUGAUGGAGUAUUGUAAGCGUGGGGAGUUAUAUAAAUUAUUGAAGGAGAAGGGGAGGUUUGCCGAUGAUGAAGCUGCGAAGUACGUUAAACAGACGACACGAGCGUUGAUCUAUGUGCAUAGUAUGAAGUGCAUUCACAGAGAUUUAAAGCCGGAGAAUAUACUUUUGGAUAUGUCUGGGAAUGUUAAGUUGGCUGAUUUUGGACUGUCAGUGCGAACGGACCGUAAGAGAGAAACUAAGUGCGGGACCCCCGAGUACUUCUGCCCAGAAAUAGUACGUGGGAAAGCUUAUGACGAGUCACUGGACCAAUGGGGACUCGGAAUAUUAACAUUUGAAUUUCUCGCAGGAUACGCACCUUUAAACCCAGCAGAGUAUUGGCCCCGUGAAAAGAACGAAACUGCUAUGAAAAUUAAAUACCCCGUUUUUAUAUCACUUUUGGGAAGGGACUUCAUCGACAAACUUACUAAGGAAAUACCCGAAUGCCGAAUGAAGCUUGAGGAAUGUUUGGAACACCCAUGGAUUAUGAAGUAUGCGAAGAAUGUGGCGUAUCCACACGGAAAUUGUGAAUCCCUGCGGAUUGGAAUAUUUUGUGUGGAUAGCCUUUUAUUUUUUUUUCGAAAAAAUUCAAAUAUCCGUUUUAAACCAUAUAAAAAACGCUAUUUUCAGCCUUUUUUUGAAGUGGUAAAAUAA